AUGGCAGGCACAAUGUCCUCCUCCACAGCCGACCCUGAGACGCUAUACACACGACAAGCAUGCAUAGGAGGAGGCAGCUUCGGCAAAGUCUACAAAGGUGUACACAAGCAGACCGGCCAGUCGGUAGCGAUCAAGAUUAUCGAUGUUGAGAAUGCGGACGACGAGGUCGACGAUAUAAUCCAAGAGAUCAGCAUCCUAUCCGGCCUCAACUCGCCAUAUGUCACCAAGUACUAUGGCUCUUACCUCAAAGGCUCGGAUUUGUGGAUCAUCAUGGAGUACUGCUCGGGAGGAAGCUGUGGAGAUCUGCUGAAGCCUGGAAAUAUGGUGGAAGAGUAUAUCUGCAUUGUGGUUCGAGAGCUGCUGCUGGGCCUAGAAUACUUGCACAGUGAUGGGAAGCUACAUCGAGACAUCAAGGCCGCCAAUAUCUUGCUCGGCGCAAAUGGUCAAGUGAAGCUGGCAGACUUUGGUGUAAGUGGCCAGCUUACAGCGACUAUGACGAAGAAGAACACUUUCGUCGGCACGCCUUUCUGGAUGGCGCCGGAGGUUAUCAAGCAAUCCGGCUACGACCACAAAGCAGACAUAUGGUCUCUCGGCAUCACAGCUUUGGAGCUGGCGCAAGGCGAACCACCGUACAGCGACAUACAUCCUAUGAAAGUGCUGUUCCUCAUACCUAAGAAUCCUGCUCCAACACUAGAAGGCAACUUCAGCCGAGAGUUCAAGGACUUCGUGCAUCGAUGCUUACGGAAGGAGCCACGUGAGCGACCGAGUGCGCGAGAGCUGUUGAAGCAUCCAUUCGUACGGAAGGCGAAGAAGACUGCAUAUCUCACAGAGCUGAUCGAGCGGCACGAGAGAUGGCAAGCCACGCACAGGGAGAGCAAAGACCACGAUGACGAGGACUAUCGAGACUCCUCGCCGGAGCGAGACAGCGAAGAAGAAGAUCUCUGGGACUUCGGCACCGUUAGACCAAUUGGUCGACGAGGAAAUGGUGCGGCUCCCUGCGGUCUACGAGUCAUGAACAACGCCGGCAUGAAUUCGCGAAGUUCGCACAUCUCGACCUCGCCCACGAAACGAUCCUUCUCUAACAAAGAAAACUCUUAUGGUGCAGAGGAAGAUGAUGACCCAAGUGGUACGGUCAAGGGAGCCAUGCCACCUCCGCCACUUCCCAAGACACCAUCACCAGCAAAGCGACCUGCGCAACCGUUGCAAUCGCCUUCUGCUGCGGCGAAAGUACCUUUGCCACAGACACCGAGCCGGAAGCCUGUCGCCAGUUCACAGCAGCCUGUGUCACAUACACCUGGACGAGUCGAUCCUGCGACCGGUUCACCGCGUCCUCCCGCUACGCCACAGACGCCGAGGAUGCUUAAUGACGAUUUCCUGCAGCAAAGUAUUGCAAGCGAUAUGUCGCAGUUUAUGAAAGGGCUGAAUAUUCAAGACGAGCCGUUGGCGCAGCCUGUAUUACAACAGCCACAGCAGAUCAUUCCACAAAGUCAAGUCCAAGCAACGGACUUCGGCGCCAUGCACGCUCAACAACAGAGACCGACCAAUGGCAGUCGGACGGCAAGCACGAAUGAGCUUUACCAGAAGCCGCUGCCCAGCUUCGCACCGCCCAUGGAUGGUAGCUCGACAACGUCACGCACUUCGACAGACGAGCAACCACUGCCGCCAAACGACAGAGCUGAAGCCACAACUUCCACAUCAAGCCGCACCUCUACAGCAUCACUACCUGGUCAACAAGAACAUCAGCACCAACAUACACCAGGAUCACAAGCAGACCAACCCGUCACCGCCCUAACCUCCGUUGUGAUUCCAGCCCUGGAAGCCGCCCUUCAUCGCCGAAGCCACCAACUAAGCACCCUGCAAAAACGAAUUUCCGCUUCUCAAGCCUCACGCACCAUCUCAGAAAAUAUCGAUCAAAUACCCUCACCAGCUGCUUUAGAACACAAGCGCCAAGCGCACGAUCAGAUCCGCAAAUGCAUGGUCAAAAUCGUAAGGCUGUUCAAGGAGAUCGAUGCCCUCGAUGCUACGGCGCCGGUGGGAAUGGGUGAUGGGGUUGAAGGGGUGCUGGAGGGGUUUUUAGAGGAGGUGUUGUGUCGGGUUGAGGCGGAGGAUGUCUGA